AUGAGGCGGGUGACCCUGUUCCUUAACGGCAGCCCCAAGAACGGAAAGGUGGUUGCUGUGUAUGGAACUUUAUCUGAUUUGCUUUCUGUGGCCAGCAGUAAACUCGGCAUAAAAGCUACCAGUGUGUAUAAUGGGAAAGGUGGACUGAUUGAUGAUAUUGCUUUGAUCAGGGAUGAUGAUGUUUUGUUUGUGUGUGAAGGAGAACCAUUUAUUGAUCCUCAGACAGAUUCUAAACUACCUGAAGGGUUGUCGGGAUCUCACACAGAUUGGCUAACGUUAAACGUCGGAGGGCGUUACUUUACAACUACACGGAGCACUUUAGUGAAUAAAGAACCUGACAGUAUGCUGGCCCACAUGUUUAAGGACAAAGGUGUCUGGGGAAAUAAGCAGGAUCAUAGAGGAGCUUUCUUAAUUGACCGGAGUCCCGAAUACUUUGAACCCAUUUUGAACUACUUGCGUCACGGACAGCUCAUUGUAAAUGAUGGCAUUAAUUUAUUGGGUGUGUUGGAAGAAGCCAGAUUUUUUGGUAUUGACUCAUUGAUUGAACACCUGGAAGUGGCAAUAAAGAAUUCUCAACCACCAGAGGAUCAUUCGCCAAUAUCAAGAAAGGAAUUUGUUCGAUUUCUUCUAGCCACUCCAACCAAGUCAGAAUUGCGUUGCCAGGGUUUAAACUUCAGUGGUGCUGAUCUUUCCCGUUUGGACCUUCGAUACAUUAACUUCAAAAUGGCCAAUUUAAGCCGCUGCAAUCUUGCACAUGCUAAUCUCUGCUGUGCAAAUCUUGAACGAGCUGAUCUCUCCGGAUCAGUGCUUGACUGUGCAAAUCUCCAGGGAGUCAAGAUGCUCUGUUCUAAUGCAGAAGGGGCAUCCCUGAAACUGUGUAAUUUUGAAGAUCCUUCUGGUCUUAAAGCCAAUUUAGAAGGUGCUAAUCUGAAAGGUGUGGAUAUGGAAGGAAGUCAAAUGACAGGAAUUAACCUGAGAGUUGCUACCUUAAAAAACGCAAAGUUGAAGAACUGUAACCUCCGAGGCGCAACUCUGGCAGGAACGGAUUUAGAGAAUUGCGACCUGUCUGGGUGCGAUCUUCAAGAAGCCAACCUGAGAGGUUCCAACGUGAAGGGAGCUAUAUUUGAAGAGAUGCUGACCCCACUACAUAUGUCACAGAGUGUCAGAUGA